GCCGCCCGAAUACCCGGGAGGCUGUUUUCCAUUAGAGAGAGUCCUUGUUGACAGCUGCACACUCCCACAAUUACAGUGCUUCAUUCCUUCUUCAUUACAAACUCCAGUUGAACUUCUUCUCCUUCUCUCUCUCUAAACCCUAUACAAGACCUCAUUCUUUUCUCUAACUGUUCACCUUUUCUCUCUCUCUCCAAAGCCAUGGAUUCUGGGUUGAAGUUUCUUCAACUAUCACAUCCCCACUCAUACCCUACCACCCUCUUUUAAGUUUCUUCAAUAUAUAUAUAUAUAUAUAUAUAUACACACCUUACCAAGCUUUGAGAUGUUCCUUCUUUCUCUCUUUCUUUCUUUUUCAUCUUAUAUAUUUAGCAGGAUAUAUUCCCUACAAAACUCAAAGUUCUCUCUUCUUGUCCCUCUCUCUUUCUGAUCUGUAAACCCUACAAACCUCUCUUGACCUAACUGUUCCUUUUUCCCUUCUUCUUCUUCUUCUUCUUCUUCUUCUUCUACAAACCCUAUAAACCUCUGUUGACCCAACAGUACUCAACCUUAAUAUCCAUAUAUAUAAGGUUUGCAAGCAGUACUAGCUAUCUAUACUUCAUUGUUUCAUAGAGAUCAUGGCACCAGAGACAAACUGGAUCUCAUUCUCAACACCAAAACCACCACUUGUUUCCUUCUCAUCACCAUCUCCACCUUCUCACCACUUCCUCAAGCUCGAAGACUACUUCCUUCCCACCUCUCGUUCCUGGCCGUUGGAUUGGUUUUCCCAUCCUCCUCAAGAGUUCUCAUCCCAAUGCGUUCCUCCUAUCAUCACCGCCGUCCCUGCCAACUCCUCCAACUCCGUCGUUGAAGACUCCGCUUCUGCAACCGGUGAGGUCGUUGAAAAGUCUUCCCCUUCUCCUGUGGGCCCCAUCUCCGGUCAACGCACUUCCGUUUACCGUGGGGUCACUCGACACAGGUGGACUGGUAGGUUCGAGGCCCAUCUCUGGGACAACACGUGCAAGCGCGAAGGCCAGAAGCGCAAAGGUCGACAAGUGUACUUAGGUGGAUAUGACAAAGAAGAGAAGGCUGCCAGAGCUUAUGAUCUUGCAGCGUUGAAAUAUUGGGGACUGACUGCAACUACAAACUUCCCAGUGAAAAAUUAUGCUAAGGAAAUUGAGGAGAUGAAGCACAUGUCCAAGCAAGAAUUCAUUGCAUCACUAAGAAGGAAAAGCAGUGGUUUUUCGAGAGGAGCUUCCAUAUUUAGAGGAGUAACAAGGCAUCAUCAACAUGGCCGAUGGCAAGCAAGAAUUGGUCGUGUUGCCGGCAACAAAGAUCUCUAUCUAGGAACAUUUGCAACUGAAGAAGAAGCUGCCGAAGCAUACGAUGUUGCAGCAAUCAAAUUCAGGGGUGUUAAUGCAGUCACAAACUUUGAGCUAAGCCGAUACGACAUGGAAGCGAUCGCAAGCACUGAAUUACCGAUCGGAGGAUCAGCGAAAAGAAUCAAACAAACAAAUCAAUCUAACAGUGACUACCAGUUCACCGAAAACAACGUCAGCUCAGCCAUAGCAUUGCAGACAAACAACUACUCGUCCGGAUUCAUCCGCAAUCUCCUUGAGCUCCCUUCGACGGUAGCAAAUUCAUCGGUCCCUAUGGCUUGUCUCAGCUUUGGAGGCAAUGCCGGAGCCAAUGUAUGCAUCCCAAGUUUGAACUGGUUGGCUGCUACUAACUCUCAGUAUGAUAAUCAGAUCAACUGCAAUGAAUCAACAGCACUGGAAACUGAUCCUACAUUGAUGGAGCUUCUCCAUAGCUGAUGUCUCACUGAGCAUUGAUCUUUUGGUAGCUCAAAGUAGUUAAUCUUUUGGGUCUUUGGAUGAUAUGGGAUAAUUUUGAUAACUCAAUCUACUUCUCACUUUAUAUGAUCAUGUAUGUAGAUGCACUGAUCUGUUUGU